UGUUCUCUUGCUAUUGUCCGCGGCAUCGGCGUUUUUUUGAAUCUGCUUCUCCUCUCUCUUGGGUGAAGGAAAGGUGAAAUUUUGAUUCUUCUCUCUGCUUUGGAUUCAGGGAGAAAAUGGCUGUAGUGAACAAAGGGCGAGCAGAGCUCUGCUCAAGUCCGGAGAGGACGAAAGUCUGGACGGAGACGAUGAAGAAGAAGAGGGUUUCUGUUGUUUAUUAUCUCUCAAGGAAUGGGCAGCUCGAACAGCCUCAUUUCAUGGAGGUCACUCUGUCUUCAAGAGAUGGACUUUAUUUAAAAGAUGUUAUUGAUCGUCUUAAUUUCCUUCGAGGAAAUGGAAUGGCGAGUUUGUAUUCUUGGUCAUCAAAGAGGAGCUAUAAGAAUGGAUUUGUGUGGCACGAUCUCUCUGAAGACGAUUUCAUAUAUCCAGCUCAUGGGCAGGAGUAUGUUCUCAAAGGAUCCGAGCUUCUUCGAUCAUCGUCUUCUCCGACGUCACAGGAAACUAUAGACUCUGAGAGAGCGGAUUUCCUGCCUGAGAGAAGGAAGAAGACGCCGUCGGCAUCGAGUUCCGUUGAUUUCGGAGAAUAUAUGGUCUACAAGAACAAAUUGCUGGCAGCGGAUGCUUCUGCGAAGGCAAUGGAUGCGGCUACGCAGACGGACGACGAGUGGCGAAGGCGGCGGCGGAGGGUGUUCGGAGAGGGUGAUGGCGAUGGAGAAAACAGAAGGGAAGUUGUGCUGGAAGAGGAUAAUCCGACAACGGAGCUCAGCUGCGACGAGAUAUCGCCGCCGCCAUCUUCUUCGAGCACGGAGACUUUGGAAUCGCUUAUCAAAGCCGACGGUCGCGUCGCUGUUACAUCCGCCGUUGGCGGUGGAGAUGAGAACGACCGGUCGGUGGCGGGAUGCCCAUCCGGGAGGUUCCGAGCGUCGGCGUCGGCGGUCCUGAUGAAUCUUAUUUCUUGCGGCUCGAUCUCGGUGAAGGACCACACCGUCAGCUGCGGCGGUGGAGGCAGGUACUUUCUGCCGCCGCGUGGCAGACCGACGGAGCAGCAGGAGGAAACGAAAGAAAUGGACGGUGCGAUUGAAAUGCCGAGCAUCUCCGCCAUCAGGCUUGAAGACAAGGAGUACUUCAGCGGCAGCCUCAUCGAAACCAAGAAGAAAACUCUCGCCGGCGACGGCACCGCAACAGCGCUCAAACGUUCCUCUUCCUACAACUCGGAGAGGAGUUCAAAGAUGGAGAUGGACGGCGGUCGAGGCUCGAGGUGUAUUCCGGCCGGGAAGGCAAAGGCGACGGCGACUGGGAGGAAGAAGGUGGAGUUGGAGACAAAAUAGCUUUGGAAAUGGGGAAAUUUUAUAAGUGAGAUGAAUGGUCUGGCACGUAGUUAAGUUAGGAAGACGAUGAAGGAGGUUAGGACUCUGUGUAAUCAUAUUAAAGCGGAUUAAUUUCAGUGUUUUCUAAGUAAAAUAUCAUAUGGUU